AUGGUAUCAGGAGAGAAUUCUGGAUCUUCCGCUCCGCCUCUUCCUCCAGAUCAAGAUGCCUCCAGUUCCUACUUUUUACACAAUGGUGAUACUCCAGGUGCUCAACUCGUUUCUCAACCCCUUUCUGAUGAAAAUUAUCAUACAUGGAAUCGAUCAAUGACUAUGGCUUUGAUUGCUAAAAAUAAAUUUGGUUUUGUCAAUGGUACUUUGCUGAAACCUUCUGAGGAUAAUCCUCUCUUCAAUUCUUGGAUUCGUUGUAAUACAAUGGUCCUUUCGUGGAUCUUGAAUUCUCUAAACAAAGAUAUUGCUGCUAGUGUUAUUUUCAUUGAAUCUGCUGCUGAUGUAUGGAAAGAUCUUCAAGAACGUUUUUCUCAUAGCAAUGGCCCUCGUAUUUUUCAACUCCGAAAGGCUAUUUUUAGUCUGAGUCAAGAACAGUUGUCCGUCAGUGCGUAUUUUACUCAUUUGAAGGCACUAUGA